GGAAUAUACGUCAUUUCGGAUGGUGGAGCGCGAGGAGAUUUCGCAGCUCGAGGAACCCCGUCCCCUUCACAACAACGUCACACAAUUGCUGGGAUAUCAGAGCGGGGACUUUCCAACCUUCGCUUCCAAAGAAUUCGCCAUGCCGCAAAGCGUGCUAACGUCAUCUUCCACCGACAUCUCGGGACGAGAGAAAACCAGGCUGCGGCGGUCGCGCGGCGCAUGCUUUACAGCCUCUCACACUGCCUUUGGUUCCUCGGCAGCCCCGCCCCCUUUCGUUCUCCUCUCCCCUCCCCUCUCAUAUGCCAGCACACAGACUGGCUCUUCUCGCGCCCAACCGCGCAGCAACGCCGUUAUCAUGGCAACCUCGGGGAAGGCAGACGAGCCGGACCGGACCCUUUUCGUGGGUAACUUGGAGAGUCGCGUGCAAGAGGAGAUUCUCUACGAGCUGUUCCUGCAGGUGCAAGGGACGGCUGGACCAGUAACCAAAGUGACCAUAUGCAAGGACAAAGAUGGAAAACCCAAGACUUUUGGAUUUGUCUGCUUUAAACACACAGAGUCAGUGCCUUAUGCCAUAGCUUUGCUGAAUGGGAUUCGUUUAUAUGGAAGACCAAUUAAAGUGCAAUAUCGGUUUGGGAGCUCCCACUUUGUAGAAUUAAGCAGUCAUUGCCAGAAUGUGGAACAUGAUGUACAAUUACUAACACACAGCAAUUUAGACCCUUAUGGUGGUACUCCAUUACCUCCGAGCUCUUUUCAGGUGAACAGUAGUCCACAUCAGGGUUAUUCUGCCUUUCAAAACAUGAUGACAUAUUUCUUAACACAGCAAUAUACUCCUUAUAAUUCAAUGGGACAGCAGUUUCCUUAUCAGAUGGCAUCACCACCACCAUUUCCAAGUUUUGCUAUGCCACCCUACCUGAAUCCAGGACAAACUUCUUUUGAAUGUGUGUACCCGGAACCAAAGAACUACAUACAGUAUCUAGUUAAGGAAGGUACACCUAAAAGGAAAAGACCUCAGGAAACUAGUGACAGCGAUAGUAGCAUGGAAAGUGACAGGAAAAAAGCAAAGGGAAAGUGAACAAAAAUAUAAAGAAAAAAAUACUUCACCAAGUCGCAAAAAAAAUGACAUGGUUAUUAUGGUAAAUAAGAUUACUUAUAAUGAUUUAUGGUAAAGUAUUAUUGAAGUUACACUCUGAUGAAAAGAAAGAAGUACCUGAAUGCUUCGUCAACAACAAUUAAGAAUAUAUGAAGCAUUAUAAUCUCAUCUAGUAACUUUUGUCCAUAGUAAAAAGGGGUUGACUAGCCUGGCUUGUAGGUAUUCAGAACCAUUUAAGUAGGGUUUUUUUUGUCCUCCUGGUGUUCCUCACAUGGCUCCAGGAGUUCUGUCAAUUAGAAAUACAGAAAUAGCACAUGGAAUUAUCCUUUUGAGCUGUACCACUUCAUAAUGAUGGUGGAGAGAAGGGCAUUCAAAUUUGUAACAAACAAAACUCACAUACAUGGAAAUCUAGCAGGGUUAGGUUUCAGUUAAACACUUUUCUUAGCUAUGCUAGUUUUCCUUGUGGAAGAUUUUUUUUUUAUGUCAGGAAAUGUGCAAAUAUACAACUGUUCACAUACAGGUUUAAAAUGGUUGUAUUACUUGUUAUUCUGCAUGUUUGAAUUUGCUUUAAGGCUGAAAUCUGAAGUAACUUGCAGCUUGAUCCUGUGUAGGUUUACUUGAGAAUCUAUAGCCACUAAAUUCAAUGGGAUUUACUCACAAACAAGUGCAAUAUGAUUGCAAUCUCACUCAGAAAUCCAAGAACUUUAUUGGAAUCAGAAGGACUCAAUUCUGAGUAAAUAUAGUUAUGAAAAGGAUGCCACAUUCAUAUACAACUAAUAAGAGACACAAACAAGAAAAUUACUCAUUGUGUCUCAAUAGGCAUGAAACUGAGUAUCUGAAAAUAUAUGGUCAUGUCUGAAAGAAAAUAUAUCUUCCUCAUAAAGUUGUUUAUGAAUUCAAGGGAUACACAGACUAGCCAAAGAAUUCUGUAGUAUUGCAGAGUAUAUACAGGCACACAUUUUUGUGUAAAUUUGUUUCCUUAUGCAAAUAUAGAAAGGCUUAAAUUUUCAUACAAUGUGAUGCAGGUAAAU